AUGGCAGGUGCUGGCGACGGGAUCCCUACCUUCAAGCUUGUAUUGGUAGGCGAUGGUGGAACAGGAAAAACAACCUUCGUCAAGCGUCAUUUAACUGGAGAGUUUGAGAAGAAAUACGUUGCAACACUUGGAGUGGAAGUCCAUCCUCUUAUCUUCCAUACUAACCGAGGUCAAAUUCGAUUCAACGUAUGGGAUACUGCUGGACAAGAGAAGUUUGGAGGAUUGCGCGAUGGUUAUUAUAUUCAAGGCCAGUGCGCGAUCAUUAUGUUUGACGUAACAGCUCGUGUCACAUACAAGAAUGUACCCAACUGGCAUCGUGAUUUGGUCCGAGUCUGUGAAAAUAUCCCUAUCGUACUUUGUGGAAAUAAGGUCGAUGUCAAAGAUCGAAAAGUCAAGGCAAAAACGAUCACGUUCCAUCGCAAGAAGAAUCUCCAAUAUUAUGAUAUUUCUGCUAAAUCUAACUAUAACUUCGAAAAGCCAUUCCUAUGGUUAGCUCGCAAGCUCUUGGGUGAUCCAAACUUGGAGUUCGUCGCUAUGCCAGCCCUUGCUCCGCCUGAGGUUACAAUGGAUCCAGCUAUGGUUGCUCAGUACGAGGAUGAUUUGAGAAAGGCUGCAGACGCUGACUUGCCAGAUGAUGAUGACGAUCUCUAG